AUGGCCGAUCAGUUGACCGAGGAGCAAAUUGCCGAGUUCAAGGAGGCGUUCAGUCUGUUCGACAAGGAUGGUGACGGUACGAUCACAACAAAAGAAUUGGGAACCGUUAUGCGAUCGCUCGGGCAGAAUCCAACUGAAGCCGAACUUCAGGAUAUGAUAAACGAGGUUGACGCCGACGGAAACGGAACUAUCGACUUCCCAGAAUUCUUGACAAUGAUGGCCCGUAAGAUGAAGGACACUGACAGUGAGGAGGAGAUUCGUGAAGCGUUCCGAGUAUUCGACAAGGACGGUAAUGGAUUCAUCUCUGCUGCUGAACUCCGCCACGUCAUGACCAACUUGGGAGAGAAGCUGACGGACGAAGAGGUCGACGAGAUGAUCCGUGAGGCUGAUAUCGAUGGAGAUGGACAAGUCAACUAUGAAGAGUUCGUCACCAUGAUGACCACCAAGUAA